AUGGUUACCGAUCCGAAAACCUGGCUAAAAUCCUAUUCGCCCGGGAUGCCGUCCACCUUGGACUACCCCCGGGCUCCUCUUUACCAUUUCCUGCAGGAGUCUACCGCCCGUUAUCCGGAGCGGGCAGCCAUCAUUUACCAGGACUCCUCUGAAGGUAAUGAACCCGUAACCAAGACAUAUCUCUCCCUGGACGAAGAUUCCAGUAGAUUCGCGGCGGCCCUGGUCUCCCUGGGCGUCAGGAAGGGCGACCGAGUUGCCUACUACAUUCAGAACUCCCCUGAGUUGAUCACUGGCUUCUACGGCAUCCUGAAAGCCGGCGCAGUGCCCGUACCCUGCAACGUAAUGUAUCGCGCCGAGGAACUGGCUUACCACCUCAACGAUUCGGGGGCCAAAGUCCUGUUUUGUGAAGCUGAACUGUACCCCACAGCGCAACAAGUGCUUGCAGAAACUCCCGUAUCAAACGUCAUAGUUGCCGGCGGCAACGUGGACGGCCAGGCCAUCUCUUGGGACAGCUUGCUAACCUCCGUGUCCCCCCUUACUGACUUGCCGGCCCUUGACGUAGACGAGGACCUGGCGUUGCUCCCCUACACGGGCGGAACUACCGGUAUUCCCAAGGGAGCCAUGCUUACUCACGCCAAUAUGGUUGCCAACGCGGUGCAGUUUCGUGACUGGUUUGGCUAUGAACCAGGCGGCGAGGUAUUCGUAGCUACACUCCCCCUCUUUCACAUAGGAGGCAUUGCCGGCGUCAUGAGCGUUCCGCUGUCCGCCGGCGGGACCAUUGUUUUGUUCCGUCGAUUCAGCGCUGAAAGAGUUCUCAAGGCUAUUCAGGACUACCGGGCCACCAGAUUUCUUGGGGUUCCCACCAUGUAUAUCGCCCUGCUGAACCACGAGAACGCCAGUAAAUAUGACCUGUCUUCUCUUCGCGCCAGCCGUACCAGUGCCGCCCCACUGCCCAAAGCUGUUAAAGAAUCAUUUGACUCGCUCGUAGGUCACGAGGUACUGGUCGAGGGUUACGGGCUUACCGAAACGUCGCCGUUGACCCACGCCAAUCCCGUUAACGACGCCCGGGCAGGAUCCAUUGGCGUCCCUUUGCCAGACACGGACGCACUGGUGUUUGACGCAGACGAUGGUGUUGACGAGAUGCCCUUGGGAGAGGUCGGUGAAUUGGCACUGCGGGGCCCUCAAGUAAUGAAGGGCUAUUGGAAACGCCCUCUGGAGACUUCUGAGGCAAUUCGAAAUGGCUGGUUCUAUACGGGAGAUCUGGCUUACAUGGACGAGCGGGGCUAUUUCUUCAUUGUUGACCGCAAGAAGGACGUAAUUAACGCUGCCGGAUUCAAGGUGUGGCCCAGAGAAGUUGAAGAGGUGCUAUACCAGCAUCCAUCGGUCCGCCUGGCCGCAGUUCUGGGUGUCCCCGAUGACUACCGGGGCGAGACGGUGAAGGCCGUCAUAGCCCUCAGGGAAGCUCAUGAAUUCAAGACCGAGGAGUCGGCCAGGAAGCAUAUCCUGGCACAUUGUCAGCACCACCUGGCUAGUUACAAGAUUCCCCGAAUAGUGGAGUUCAGGGACGAACUGCCCCUCAGUGCUGCUGGCAAGGUAUUGCGCCGGGUUAUGCGAGAAGAAGCAAUUGAGGCAGAAUAG